GGAGCUCCCACUUAUAAUUACUGGAACCAACUUUUCAGUUUUCGAUUACCCUUGAAGGUUCGAGUUACCGGGAGUCUACUGGGGUUACUUAAUGGUCGUUGCACCAGAUAGCAGCCUUUUUGUGUGUCGUGCCUUCAAGCAACGCUCAUUCUACAGCAACUUUUUUGAGCAAUAAAGUGUGAAUUUAUGGGCCCCAGUGGGGAGGGAGCCUCCAAAUUUGAUCGAAUGGAGGCAAAUAUCAAAACCCCCCAAAAAUCCCUGCAACAAAAGUUAGCCCCCAAGAAAUCCCAUGCCGAAUUGCCGAGCCUUAGAAGUCACAGAAUACGAUAAAUAACGACAGACGGUAAACAAUAGAAAUUGAAUGCUCGUAGGCACUCCAGAUUGUUUUGAUCCCCCCUCCCCCCCCAAAAAUAAUAAAAUAAAAAAGCCUACACUCAAAUCAGGCCACCAAUUUUCUAACCCCCAAAAAUCCUGGAUUCGAAAAAUUCAAACUCAAAGAAUGCCUUCAUCUUCCCUAUCACUUGACAUCCGGAGUACUGUACAAAUUUUGUCCUUCUCUUUUCCCUUACAGUCAAUACGUUAUACGUCAAGCUGUGGCAUGCAACGUGGGUCACCUCUUCUGCCGUACCUGCCUGCGACAUUGGAUAAAUGCGCAUGGACACCCAAACUGCCCUGUCAGAAGGCAGCCCCUCCAAGCCUCUGAUGUCAGAGGCAUAAUUACUUUCGACAGAGUAGUCGAUUCGCUUGAAGUGUAUUGUUCAAGACGAACGGACGGGUGUAAUUGGACGGGCGCACUAGAGACGAUCUCCGGUCAUCAGCAGCAAUGCCUCCACGAGCCCGUCCAAUGCACCCACCGUGGCUGUUCACAGACGUUCCCUCGCGGUGAGAUGCAAAGGCACACCGGCGAAUGCGACAUGCGUCCCCAAGUUUGCGGGUACUGCGGAGUUGCGCUGCCCUACCGGCAGUACCACGACCACCAGGAGCUGGCAUGUCGGAAGGCCCCUGUAAUGUGCCCGUUCAAUUACAAUCUGGUUUCCAUACCCCGGUAAGUACUAGUCUCGUGCAAUCUCUCCUACUAUUAGGCGCAAAAAGCCCUGACAAAUAUUGUUAAUAUUAAUUAACUUACUUUAAACUUUAUAUCUCUAGCCUGAAACAACGACACGAAGACAAAAGGCGUAAAGAAAAGGAAAUUCUCUCUUCCAGGGACCAAUUAAACGGGCACAUUGCCUCCGCAUGUACCCGCGCAUUCGUUACUUGUCCAUUCCCGGUGUGUAACGAUGUCUUGCGAAGAGAGGAUCAAGCGAGACAUGAGGCAGAUAACGCAGCGAGCCACUUGCAGCUGCUGCUCGCAGAAAGGAGGGCGAACCAGUUAAACGAAGUAAGUAAUAGCAAAAGAAAUAUUUGAUUGGCACAAAUUAUUUAACCGUAAUAGUUUCACACAUAGUUUUUACAACUGAGGGUGUAAAUGAACAUAGCCUGCGAGCACGCUCUCCUAUUUGGGCAAGCGAACUGAUUUUCGCGAGAACGUGCGAGCGAGCGGCGAAGCCGCGAGGGGCAGAGGAUCGGAAAGGCAGGAGAGCUUGCUCGCGGGAUAAAAUGAACAUUUUAUACAUUACACUUCAGGUGACACCACCCAUGACGCCGGGAAGAGUGGCUACGUUCCAAUGGAAUAUCACGGGUUUCGAGGAGCAGUCAAACUCCGUGGGCCGGGCAGUGGGCAUAAAGAGCCCUUUGUUCGCAGGCCAAUUCAGGGCGAUUAUAGUGCCCAAGAUGUCCACUGCCGGGAACACGGGGUUUUUCUUUGAAAACGCAGAAACGGAUCCCGCGUUCCUCAACUUAAGGUAAAUAUUCAAUAUACUGUGACAUUUUGUAAAAUUUAACAUCGAUUAUUUGAAAAAUAAGGAUAAAAAUAACUAAAUUUUUUUUCUCACCCACCAGCAUAACCCUCCGCCAAGGAAGUGACGCCUUCGCCCGCCGAUCGUCUUCACCGAGGUGGCUCCUUCAAUCCGCACCGCUAGGCUGGGAGGAUUUCCUCCCCCUUGACGAGGUCAGGAGCCGUUAUUUAGACGAGAAUGGAACCCUUACUAUUCAAAUAAGCUACCAGUUAUUUACUUGAGUAGCAAGGGCUCCAUUCUCGUCUAAGUAGGUUGGGUUCAGGAACACCCUGGAAUUCUACAGAAAUAUCGGUGGAUAUUUCAGACCAAUAUAUGAAAUUUUCAACACCCGUCAUUCUCAGACCUGGCUUCUGGAAGUUAUGCUCGAUUCGCGAACGCAUUCAAUAACUUGUUCAGUAUCUGACACUGAAAAUUAAAGAAAAAGACAGAAACUGUUCGUAGUCUAGGGGUCCCCUUGAUACCCAUACCCUACUUCAGACCAAACGGCUCAAAAUCCAAACACUUUUAUAAUUUUCCAAAACAUUGUUGUAUUCUCAUUUAUAAUAUAGAUACUGAUGAAAUACCAGGAUUUUUCCUUUUACUAAAAAAUCAUAUCUUCAUCGCGCGCAAUGAAGAUACUAUUUUUAUCUUUCACGUGUGAGGAUAUUGGUGUCGCCAUGGUUACUAACAUGAUUAGCCAUUCUUCAUUAGAAUAGCCAUUCUUCAUUAGAAUUUUGACCUUUUGGAACAGGAAAUAUAAGUAUUAUUGUCUUUAUUUCUCCUCUAAAACUUUAUAUCCGAGUUUCAUAACAUUUCUGUGACAGGCAUUUUGCAAUAGUUGACCAUUUUAAUUGCACUAUUUUGCUGUUUCGAAAAUGAAGCAAGAAAAAGUUGUGUUUUAUGUAGGAAUAUCAUCAGUAUCUAUAAAAUAAACAGAACAUUACACGGCCGCUUGGGGAUACGAACUUUAUCUUCUCGUGAGAGAUACCUUCAGCACUCGACGAUAAAAUUCGUAUCCCCGCGCGGCCAUGUAAUAUUCUCUAUCUGUACAAAGAACUGUGAACAGAUAGUUUUUCCUCUAGGCUACGGCCCUGGUUCAUCUGAGUCCGUGGCUAUCUGUUAAAAUCCUGUACAUGUGGUGUAGUUGUUCUCUUUAAGUACGGAAACAAAAGCAUAUUGUAUUUUAAUACCAGUCUCCUGGGAAUGGGAUGGACCUAGCAGUACUUUCGCUCACGGGGCCUCUCCUGCUCCCAGGACCCUUAAGCUUAUAUACGAAUAUUAAAUAAUGAGUAAAUCUUUUUUCUCCCUGGAUUGUAGAUAUUUAUAAAUAUCAAAGAACGUUUAUAGAACACUCAUUCACGUACACUAAAUGAAGCGUUUUAUUUUACUAAACCGAUGCUAGGAUAAACUGGACAUCGGCUAUAAAAUACAAGGAGUGUUCAUUGACAAAAUAAAAGAAAGCGGGGGGCUGGGGGGGUAUUAUCAAUAACAUAUAUUGGAUAAGACACUUACGUUCCUUCUUCUAAUGCUUGUGAAAAAACAAAACAAAAAAACAAAUUGCAGAAAGUCGCAAUUGUAUUGCUUUCAGUUCCAUGAGUCCACCAAAAAAAACAUCGACCAUUUGCGUUGUAUAUAUAAUAUAUUAUUUUUUAACUAAGCAUUCUGCGUAAAAAAAACUUGGAACAAAUGAUGACAAUUAGUCUAGAUUCUUUUGCGGGACCUAUUCAAAUUUAAGACAAAGUAAAUACACUCAUACGGAAGAAGUUUUGCCAAGUUUGCCAAGUAUAUCAGUUUAAAUAAUUUGCACUCCUAGUUAAGGUGUUUCGAUACAGUUUUUCAGAGGCCAUACCGAUAUUUUUCAAUCGCCUUAAAAGUGGUUUUUUCCUUGUCCGAUCGCUAUAAAAUUUUCACCAGUAAUUGGCUAUGGAUUGAAAUUUGUGAAAAUGUAGUUUUAAGUAAAAUCGAUAUUACUAUGACAACAAUAAACAAAAAACUUUGAAAUUGAUAAAAGUCGAAUUUUGUGUGAUCUAGACCUGCUACUGAAAAUCCAACACUAGGAACUUAAAGUUUGGUGUUUAGCAAACAAUCUCCGUAAGAAGUAAAAAAUUCUGUAUGUUUGAAUUCGACUAAAACGAAAAUAUCUUUCAAACCUUAAAUUUUCAAUAGCCGUGAUAGGUUAUUUAAUAAAAACGUUAUAAAUGACUCAAAUUAUUCUUAAGUAGCGUAAGAAUGAUGCUUAAUAUCAUGUUUUGAUGCUAGGAAAUUUUGGUGUACUUUCGUUCAUGCGAUAUUGAAAUCUAACCUGUUUUCUCACCAUCUGUAUAAGUGCAACUUCAUUCAGAAUUUGGACUUUUAGCGCUUUCUUGUAUAUCUCCGAAACGACUCGAACGAAUUUUUUCAAAAUCUCUUCACAUAAUCUACUUUUAAGGCGAUUGAAAAAUAUCGGUAUGGCCUCUGAAAAACUGUAUCGAAACACCUUAUUAGCUAGUUUAAUAAGAUUUCAACGAUUUGAUUUUGUUUAGGUACAGCUGUUUUCUUCCUUUUGUUGGUUGGGUGUUUUUUUUUUUGCGUAAAGUUACAAGAGGUUGUGAUAAUUUUCAAUAUUGCCAGAAGGGGGAGGUCUUUCAUUAUAAUUGGAUCUUUGUUGGCAUUACUUGAAUUUCGAUCAAAUAGUUAUUUCAAUAAAUUGACUAGCUGUUAAUCGGGAAACCAGCGCUUGCGUUCUUUUAGUAAUAAAUAUGGGACAGAGGUGGAAAUACAAAUUUUCUUAUAUCAGGCAUGAAAACGUUUGACCAAUAUUAACUCUUUGCAUGACUCAUAGCGCUGAUAACCGAUUGAGACUUCAUUGAUUUAAUUUUGACAAGUGUAAAAUCUAGGCGUUGAAAUUAAGGUAUUUUAACAUAGCAAUAUUAGUUAUUUUAAACCUUAUGAAGACUUUGAAGUCAAUUAAGUAAUCAAUUAAGACUUGAAAAUUACUUAAUUAACAUGGUAAAUGGUAACCUAUUAAGACUUUGAAGAAACGUUAAUCUAUUAAGACUUUGAAGUUAAGUUAUUAAACACUGAAAACGUUAAUUUAUUAAGACUUUGAAGUUAACUUAUUAAACAUUGUAAAUGGUAAUCUAUUAAGACUUUGAAGUUAACUUAUUAAACAUUGUAGAUGGUAAUCUAUUAAGACUUUGCGAACCUUUUUUGAUUGACGACUUAACUAUAUUAACUUUACGUCGUAAAAUUAUAUUUGAUUGACAACUUAAGAAGCAGAUAAAUUUUACGUCGUAAAAGUUACGACGUAAAACCUAUUUGAUUGACAACUUUAACUAUAUUAACUUUACGUCGUAAAAUUAUAUUUGAUUGACAACUUAAGAAGCAGAUAAAUUUUACGUCGUAAAAGUUACGACGUAAAACCUAUUUCAUUGACAACUUGACGAAUGGAUUUAUUACAACGUACCUUGCUUUUACGCCGUAAAUAUCCACGACGUAACGUGUAGCUAAAAUUUAUUUUACGUCGUAACGCGAACCUCCUCGUUUACGUCGUAAUUUUUACGUCGUAACGUGUCAUGCUAAAUAUAAUCACGUCGUGAUAUAUUUGAAGACUUUUAAUAAGGACGGGACGACCUUCAAAGUACACUGAAGGAUAAUAGAUUUCUCGCCGUAAAAUAGACGUUGGUAUAUUUUACGACGUAACGAUGCGAGUACAAGGUUUACGUCGUAAAUUUUACGACGUGAUACGUGACUGGGGAAUUUGACCCCCUGGACGUGAAAAAGGUGUCAGAAAGUCAAAAAUGUGCAAAGUGAAGAAAGCAUCAAGAGCUAUUGUGAUACGCCGACAUUCGAGCAGUUUAAAAGAAUGUCAAACGAGCUAAGUGAAUUCUUCGAUCCAGCUGGUGGCGAUGACAAGGCUGUUACAGUCCCUCAGAAAACCGUUGCGUCGUCAUCGAGCCAGCCGCAAUCAGUAGCUACGAGCACUGCAAAUUAUUCCUUCCAGUCCAUUCAAGAUGGAUCACAGAAUCUUGUCCAUGGCUUCAUUCCCGCCGGAGCCACGUUCCAUAACUGUAAUCUCAACUUUAAUGUGAGCUUUGGAGGAAGCAGCACAGGGUCCAGAGGAGUUUCGUAUGAAUAA